AAUAAACAAUAAGAAAAUCAACAACAGCAAUAAUAAUUAAUUAUUAUCUAGUGCACAUGUUUCUGAAGUGAUAUUUUUAAUUGCUUUGAUUUAUUUAUUUUUGUCACACCCAAGCUUUUAUAUGCAUCUCAUGUGACCUGCAUGGUGUGAGCUGCCAUCAUCGAAAUGCAUGCAUUUGUUUUGGGCAUUUGCACAAUUUCGGAAGUGUCUCGGAUCGCCGUGCUUUGCCUCUUUUGAAGGAUCUUGUCGUCGGAGGUGGAAGAUGCUGAAUGCUGCAGCAGCCGACCGAAAUAAAGAGCCGAUCCUCGAUGUUUUAAGAAGCAGACUGGCAUCAGACAGGCCUCUGGUCGGUCUGGAAAUAUCUUCUGGCACAGGACAGCAUGUCGUCCACUUUGCCAAAGCAUUUCCCAGCAUUACAUGGCAACCGUCUGAGAUAGAGUCGCAGUCGAUAUCGAGUAUUGAGGCAUACAGAGAGCAUCAUAAGCUGCAGAAUGUAAAGCCGCCCAUGUAUCUGGAUGUGUCUCAGAGCUGGGAGAACUGGACCGGACUUCAACCCGAGUCAUGUGACCUCAUCGUGAACAUCAACAUGAUGCACAUCUCCCCUCUGGCCUGCACUACCGGUUUGUUUAAUGGUGUUGGAAAAAUACUGAAGCCACAAGGACUGCUUCUGACUUAUGGGCCUUAUGCUUUCAAUGGAUCAAUUACUCCUCAGAGUAAUGUUGACUUUGACCACAGCUUGAGAUACAGAAAUCCAGAGUGGGGUCUAAGAGAUGUGUCAUUACUGAAGACGCUAGGCCAGGAAAAUGGACUGCGAUUGGAAGAAAUUGUGGAUAUGCCCGCCAACAACAAGUGCUUACUUUUUCACAAGGACAGCGUGGUUUAAUACAAUAACUCUGUGUUUACAAUCGAGCGGACGAACUCUGCAGUGUUUCAACGGUUUAAAGAUACUGAAUAAUACAACGGCUUUGCUGAAAUUGAUCGUCACUCUUUUUCUGGAAAAUAUUUAUUUUGUAUUUUUUUUUCUUCAAACCAAAGGAAAUUCAUUAUGAUUUAGACAGAUGUUUCAAAUGAUGUGCACUUAAUAUUGAUCGAGCUGUAUCCAUGCAUUUCUUUGUUCAUCCUCAUUGGUCAUCUGGAUUAUAGUUCUGCAGGGUUGUUUCAAGAUUCACCCGUCUUGUAAUAUCCACUUUAAGCUUGUUGAACAACCACUAUGUGAUAAAACCUGAUCAAUUGUUUAUUUUGAAUGCAACGUGAGCUGCCUUUGCUUUUAAGCCUAAUGCAUACAUGUAAAUGUAUACUUUUAAUCCAACUGAUGGAUAACAUCAAUUCAGCCACAGUUGCAAUGAAUAUAACUUCAUUAAAUAUUUCAAUGCCUAUAGCUAAAUACAUUUAAUGCAUUUUUUUUUUUUUACGAAACACUAAUAUUAGCUGCACUGUGCAUGUAUUUUCUGCUCUUGAUUAUUCAACUGACGUUCCUUGCUCAAUAAAGAAUAUCAGUGCGUUAUCUUGCA